AUGAGUCGAAUCUCGUUUGGCAACGACAGCUCGGGGCCUCAGUUUGGGAUUAAUCACGGAGUAAUCAAUGUUUUAUCCGAUGGAAUAGAAUCCCCACAGCAGAGGGUAGAUCACGAGAUACUCAGGUCACUAGCAUUUCCGCAGAUGCUAGACCGGAGGGAGAAUGUCGAGCCAUGUCAUACCAAUACCUGCCAAUGGAUUUUGGACUUGGAAAAGUACCAAUCCUGGAGGAGCGAGCCCCGUGGUCUACUAUGGAUUAAGGGCAAACCGGGUGCGGGCAAAUCGACAUUGAUGGUAUUCCUACACGGCAAACUCAAGAGUUUACAGAACGGCGACCAGGGCAUUCAGGGCAUCCAGCUCGACUUUUUCUUUACUGCCCGGGGCACAGAGAUGCAACGUACACCACUAGGCAUGCUUAGAUCACUAUUAAACCAAAUAUUUGAUCGCGAUGCGUCCGUACGCCCUCAGGUACGCGAGGCCUAUGAACAACGAUGUAGGCAGUUUGGGUACGCUGAAGGCAAGUGGGAAUGGCCACAAGCGGUGCUAGAAGAGUUACUGGCAGGUGUCAUCCUAGCAUCCGCUAGUCGACAACAGGUGACGGUUUUUGUCGAUGCUCUGGAUGAGACCGGAGCUGAGUCUGCUCAACAACUCGCAGCAUAUUUCCAUCGACUGAUUGACCGAGCAGAAAAAAAGAACGCUGCUAUUCGAAUCUGCAUUUCAUGUCGACACUAUCCCAUCAUAGGAAGUGCCCAGACUAUGGAGAUACAUGUCGAACAGCAUAAUCAUAAAGACAUCGCUGCAUACAUCAAGGAUAUACUUGCCGAGGCAGAGGUCGAAGACAACCCUAGCGAGGAUAUAAGACAGAUGCUGAUGGAACAACUGAUCCAGCAAGCCAAUGGUGUGUUCCAAUGGGCUCGUCUUAUAAUGCCUCUUGCCCGACAGAGGAUUUUUGAAGGGGAAUCGUUUGAUGACAUCUGUUACUGGUUACGCGAGGUCCCGGCCGGGCUGGAAGAUAUGUAUAUGUACAUUUUGAACGACGUGAUAGAAGUGCGGAACUUGGAGCAAUCUUUCCUACUGUUUCAAUGGGUGUGUCUGGCCGAGCGUCCACUGACUGUGAUUGAAAUGCGGUAUGCCUUGGCAGGUAAGAAUGCCCAAAUAACGCGUGCCCCAAAGACAUGGGAAAAGAUCCAUGGUUUUGUUGGAAGCGACGAACGCAUGAAGCGAAGGAUCAAAGCCCUUUCUGGUGGAUUAGCGGAAGUCCUCUCAAGCGGGGCUUCGAACGAAACUGUCCAGGUGGUACACCAGUCGGUCAAUGAUUUCUUGCGCGCGAAAGGGCUAGCUGCUUUAAGUGAUAAUAUCGGCGCCAGCAGUCCAGUCUUAGAAAGAGAAAAGAUCCUGUUACAAUGUCAGGCAAAUCUCUACCGAUCUUGUCUUGUUUAUUUGGCCUUACUCCGUGUACAUGGUGAUAUUUCAAGUGAUUCCCAGGAGUCGAAAGAGGACCUUAUCCGGAACCACCCAUUACUUUCUUACGCCACUACCAACCUCUUUAUUCAUGCAGAAAAAGCUGCUCACUCUCGUGUGCUCAUCCUACUGAACGAACAAGAUAUCCUACAGCAAGUGAUAGGUCAGUGGGCCCAGAUUUACCGGAUUCUCGACCCUUUUAACCCCGCGUGCCCACCGAGAAGUACUACAAUCAUGCAUAUGGCGGCAGCCGCAAAUCUCGUUGAUAUCAUAGAGCGUGUGUCUUUGAACAGCGAGGGCGUGGCAAGGAAAGACGGAGACGGAAAUACAGCUUUCCAUUUAGCAGCGCGACACGGUCAUAUAACAGGUGGAAAAAUUUUGCGUGAGAACGCAGUGGACUGUGAAGCAACAAAUCGGGGAGGAAAAACGGCAUUGUUUGAGGCGGCUAUCUAUGGGCAUACAGAAUUUGUCGAAUGGCUCCUGCUCGAAGGUGUGAAGCUUGAAGCAACAUUGGGUAGCCAAAGUGCUCUACAAGUAGCUUCAUUGGGAGGCCAUCAGAACGUUGUUGAAAUAUUGCUUGGAGCUGGAGCAGAGGUGAAUGCAAAUGGUGGUAUAUAUGGCAAUGCCCUACAGGCUGCUGCAUACGGGAAAAGCAGUGAGGUUGUGCAGAUGCUCCUCAACGCUGGCGCCGAUGUCAGCGCUCGGGGUGGUGAAUAUGGCAAUGCCCUACAGGCUGCUACUGCUGCAUACGAGGGAAGCAGUGAGAUCGUGCAGAUGCUCCUCGACGCUGGCGCCGAUGUUAACGCUCAGGGUGGUGAAUACGGCAAUGCCCUACAGGCUGCUGCAUACAGAGAAAGCAGUGACAUCGUGAAGGUGCUCCUUGAGGCUGGCGCCGAUGUCAACGCUCGGGGUGGUGAAUACGGCAAUGCCCUACAGGCUGCUGCAUACAGAGAAAGCAGUGACAUCGUCAAGGUGCUCCUUGAGGCUGGCGCCGAUGUAAACGCUCAGGGUUGUGUAUACGGCAAUGCCCUACAGGCUGCUGCAUACGGGAAAAGCAGUGAGAUUGUGCAGAUGCUCCUCGACGCUGGCGCCGAUAUCAGCGCUCGGGGUGGUAGAUAUGGCAAUGCCCUACAGGCUGCUACUGCUGCAUACGAGGGAAGCAGUGAGAUCGUGCAGAUGCUCCUCGACGCUGGCGCCGAUGUUAACGCUGAGGGUGGUGAAUACGGCAAUGCCCUACAGGCUGCUGCAUACGGGAAAAGCAGUGAGAUCGUGCAGAUGCUUCUCCACGCUGGCGCUGAUGUCAGCGCUCGGGGUGGUAGAUAUGGCAAUGCCCUACAGGCUGCUACUGCUGUAUACGGGAAAGGUAGUGAGAUCGUGCAGAUGCUCCUCAAAGCCGGCGCCGAUGUUAAUGCUCAGGAUGGUGAAUACGGCAAUGCCCUACAGGCUGCUGCUGCAAGCAGAGAAAGCAGUGACAUCGUGAAGGUGCUCCUUGAGGCUGGCGCCGAUGUAAACGCUCAGGGUGGUGUAUACGGCAAUGCCCUACAGGCUGCUGCUGCAUACGGGAAAAGCAGUAAGAUCGUGCAAAUGCUCCUCGACGCUGGCGCCGAUGUCAAGGCUCAGGGUGGUGAAUACGGAAAUGCCCUACAGGCUGCUACUGCAUACGGGAAAAGCAGUAAGAUCGUGCAAAUGCUCCUCGACGCUGGCGCCGAUAUCAGCUCUCGAGGUGGUAGAUAUAGCAAUGCCCUACAGGCUGCUGCAUACCGGGGAAGCAGUGAGAUCGUGCAGAUGCUCCUCGAUGCUGGCGCCGAUGUUAACGCUCAGGGUGGUGGAUACGGCAAUGCCCUACAGGCUGCUGCAUGCAGAGAAAGCAGUAACAUCGUGAAGGUGCUCCUCGACGCUGGCGCCGAUGUCAACGCUCAGGGUGGUGAAUACGGUAAUGCCCUACAGGCUGCGGCAUGCAGAGAAAAUAAUGAGAUCGUGCAGAUGCUCCUCGACGCUGGCGCCGAUGUCAAGGCUCAGGGUGGUGAAUACGGCAACGCCCUACAGGCUGCUGCAUACGGGAAAAGCAGUGAGAUUGUGCAGGUGCUCCUCGACGCUGGCGCCGAUGUCAGCGCUCGGGGUGGUAGAUAUGGCAAUGCCCUACAGGCUGCUACUGCUGCAUACGAGGGAAGCAGUGAGAUCGUGCAGAUGCUCCUCGACGCUGGCGCCGAUGUUAACGCUCGGGGUGGUGAAUACGGCAAUGCCCUACAGGCUGCUGCAUGCAGAGAAAGCAGUGACACCGUGAAGGUGCUCCUUGAGGCUGGCGCCGAUGUCAACGCUCAGGGUGGUGAAUACGGUAAUGCCCUGCAGGCUGCGGCAUGCAGAGAAAAUAAUGAGAUCGUGCAGAUGCUCCUCGAUGCUGGCGCCGAUGUUAACGCUCAGGGUGGUGGAUACGGCAAUGCCCUACAGGCUGCUGCAUGCAGAGAAAGCAGUAACAUCGUGAAGGUGCUCCUCGACGCUGGCGCCGAUGUCAACGCUCGGGGUGGUAGAUAUGGAUCAUCUCUCUUGGCGGCUGUUUAUCAGGGUCAUGCUGAUCAAGUUCAAAUACUUCUUCACGCUGGCGCAAAUGCGUUGCUUGUCAAUGAACUCGACCAGACUCCUCUUCACAUUGCCGCCUCGAAAAACAGGCUCAACCUUCUGCAUCGGUUCCCGAAGCUGCUCUCCCCUAUUAAUACCCGGGACAAGCUUUUACAAACCCCCAUUCAUCUAGCUAUUUGUCUUGGUCAUAUCGACUUUGCCAUAAAACUCCUCAACUUUGGUGCCAAUCCUUCUCUUCCAGAUGGCUAUGGCAGAAAUACCCUGGACUGGGCAGUUGGAAAUGAAAGCCUGGUGCACCAAAUCCAAAACCACGGCCCUUCAAUUGUCGUUACGCCUGAUAAUACUCAAGAGCUUGCUGUCCGUCAAUCAAUCCUUCGAAUCUCAGAUACGCUUCUUCAGUCUCAGCUGCACUUCCCAUGGCCACUUUUGCAGCAAUUAGGUCGCUAUCUAUUGUUUAUCAGCGACGUAGACAAUGCCCAAUGUCUAUUUCAGCUGCAUUUGUUUCAGCAGACUUUCAUUGGCACCCCCACAAGUAUCCCUUCCACAGUCGAUUACACCCAAAUCAAGAGCAUAAGACCUUUGAAGUAUCGCAUGUGCUUGAUCGAGAGUCUCCGCUCACUACGUCAGCAUCAGAGAAGUUGA